GCUGGCGGCAGGUUAGGGUUUUACUUGCAUCCAUUCUCAGGGCUAGUAGGAGCUAGUGGAGUCCGGCCAUGGCGCCGUCGCAGCCCAAGUCAGGGCUCUUCGUGGGCAUCAACAAGGGCCAUGUCGUCACCAAGCGCGAGCUGGCGCCACGCCCGUCCGACCGCAAGGGGAAAGGUACAAAGAGGGUGCAUUUUGUCAGGAACUUGAUUAGGGAGGUUGCUGGAUUUGCUCCCUAUGAGAAACGUAUCACUGAGCUUCUCAAGGUUGGAAAGGACAAGCGUGCACUCAAGGUGGCCAAGAGGAAGCUUGGUACUCACAAGAGAGCAAAGAAGAAGAGAGAGGAGAUGUCAGGUGUCCUUAGGAAAAUGAGGUCUGCUGCUGGUGGUGCUGCUGACAAGAAGAAAUAGAACUUUGCUAGUUGGUGAACAUCCAUCCCAACCUUGUCUUGUAUUUCCAGUCCUCGCCUAUAGAGUGAUGGCAAUUUUGUUAGAUUGUGGAACUAUGAAUUUUUGGCGCUAUCUUCAGCAUGUGUUCUCAGUUUUGAGAAGAUGGAACUUAAAUGUUUUACAGAAUGCAAAGCCUUAUUUUGUUACAA